UUGUAGCGUGGGGGAAAAAGUUUUGGAGUUUGGAUGCUGCAAUCAUUGGGAAAUAUUUGCCGAGCACCAUGAACAUAUACAAAUAGCGAUAACGUUUUUUUUUUUUUUUUUUUUUUAAUACACAGGAACUGCUUGAGUUAAAUACUUUAAAGACUGAACACACUGAAGGGGUAUAUGUAAUAAGGAAUACUGUUUUGAUAUUUUUUUGAGUAAAUGAAUACUUAAAAAUCUCAAAAGGACAAGCCACAGUCAUGCUCGGUGCCAUUCAACGUAAUAAUUAAUUGAUUUCUGUCUGUUAAAACUAUCAGUAAGCCAAAACUUUGCACUAAGAGUGUGGAAGACACUGUGACUUUAUUCUGUCGGCGACAGAAGGUUUUUUUUUUUUUUUUUUUUUUUUAGAAAUACUUUUUCCCCUGCAUUGGAAUUUUUAAACAAUGUUAACGAUUUGGGCAAUAGCUGACUUUCAUUCCCGAGUGUUAUUUUCCAUAGUUUUUUUACUGUGAAAUAAAUCUCCUUUUGUAUCUUAGCAUGUUUUCCCCUUUACGCCACGAAAGGUAACUGAAAAUAAACUUCUCGUUACGUGCUAGAGAAAUGCCUACAGAAUGCAACUUGGACCCUGAGCCCCAGCCAUUUGACUAACAUCUUCACUAUUCGUCAUAGUUCACACAGUGUUUACUUAUUUAUGACACGGAUGGUGUGGUUUUGUCACUAGAGGUCUGACAGAUCAAUUCAUGACCUUUCUCAAGGGAAUACCAAUUUAUUUGCAUCAAUAAUUGAAUGCAUCUUGACCCUGAUUAAAAUUAAGUCGCCUGAAGUUGAAGAAAUGUCUAAGGUCACGCUUUAUUAUUUUAAUAGAUUACAACUGUAGAUUUUGGACUAAGUUUUGUAUUUACGUGUGAUCUAAUACAUGAACACAAAACGAUCACAAUGGCCUUCAGAUGAAGUAAUGUUUCCGUGAAAUGCGAUUUUGCAGUUUUGCAAUCACAAAUCUACUACAAAAAAAUGGAAAAGAAAGACUUUUUUUAUGUUAUGUCACGGCUGUUUCUGAUAAGCACUGAUAUGCUGUAUUUGUCAGCGUAAGAAUACACCAUAUACCUUUGAAUGAAGUUACAAAACAAAGUGGACUGGGGGUGGGGGUGUUAACUGUUUCCAUUUUUCAUCGAGACACAUGAGAACUAAUACAAUCUAAAUGUCUCCAUACUCUCACGUAUAAUCCGCCUAAUUCCAGUGGAGAUUGAACAUAUGAUUUUUGACAUGUAUCUACUACUAACUGUCUGACCUUUUUAGGUCAGUUCACCCAACACUUCCUAUAUGUGUCCGGCUAGUUUGAUUAAGAUAAAGCUUCAAAGAGUUCCAGUGCGGUAAUAAUUCUGUGUUGGAAAUACGUAUUUGAACUUUUAUUGUACAAGGAGGAAACGUUACAUUCUCCAAACUUCUUUGACCUCAUAAUUUAAACUACAUUGACGUAGAGCCUGUUUAAGGCUUAUUUAAUUGCAUAUUGAAAAAAUCACAUGCAAUGCCAUGCAAAGAAACAAACAAUAACAUUAAACUUUUAUUUACAAGGUCAAGUUUUAUGUACCACACUAUAAUUUAUGCUAUUUUAAUCAGAUAUAGUCAUUUAUUUUUCCUUUUCAUAAAACAGUUUGGGGGAAAAAUAAAUAAAUAAAUAAAACUUUUCUCCAUGCGGCAACGUGGACGCAAAUGAUUUUUUUUUUUUUUUUAAGUAAUUCCUAGCACAAAAAAGGCAUUCAUUUGUUGUGGAAGAACGGCAUUAAAUGCACUUCAUUACACAUAUAAAUAGAUAGCUAGCAUAUUGCUAAUUGUUGUGGAGUAGCGUAGUAUUAUCAAGCUUUCAUAAUUUUUUUUUUUAUUAUUAUUAUUAUUAUUGUAACUUCUGCUAGACCUUGUGGGCAUACAAAACACAACUUAUAUGUACAUGCACCGACCAUAUAUGUAAAGUCAAUUUUAUUUCUUGAAAUAUUUGCAUUCGCGUGCAAUCCCUUUUUCUGGGCAAAGUUCAAAGAAUGUUACUAAAACUCUUGAGCCUGUUUUCAUGAGGUGAGGACUGUCCAUUUGCUUUCAACCUUUUUAUGCAAGAUAAGCGCAACAACCGCUUGUUGAUUCAUGAUUGUACUUUAUUCAUAACAGGUGCACUGUCAACAGUGUGUUUGUUAAAUAGCAGUGAGUAAUCUGUGAGAUAAACUUUUACGCAUCGGAAAGACUGGAUUAGGUCUGUAUUAAGAUUUUUAUUUAACAGCUACUCAAGCUAUUUUGCCAAGACUUCUUUGCUGCCCUGUACACUUUUGAUGAAGCACCACCUCCUGUGUGCCUGAUCCGCCGCCGCUGAACAACUGAGGCCGAAAAUUACCCCCGAUCAUAACAACAGGUCUUUUGCGUUACUUUUUUUUAACCUCCGGACAAUAGGCGACCUUCGCGCUUUUCACAAGACAGCGAUCCCAUGACGACGUAGGAGCACUGUUAGAGGAAAAAAGGAGGUGUGAAAACUUUUUUUUUCGACAAAAGGGUUAAAUGCAGCGAGUCUGAGCAAGCAGCAUGCAACUGACUGCAGACAUUAACUUUGUAGGUACUAACCGCCGUUUUCGAGGUUUAUUAUGGAGCUUAUUCGGAUGUAAUCUAUAACGGAAUACUAGACAGAACCUAUGUCGCAUUUUUAUUGCAAGCAAGUCACGGCACUCUAUCCCGUUUACUUAUUGCGGUAAGCGGCUAAAAGCGCAACCGCAGCUUGUUCACGGCUGUAAUAUAAAGAAAGGUUACAUUGCUUCGAUGUAACUUCGGGAUUGCAGUUAAAAGUACAAUAACCUUUGCAUAACAAAAACAUUUUUUUUCAUCCGCUGCCUGAGGCUCGGCGCAUGCGCGCUCUCUGUUUGCUGUCACUAAAACAUUUUUCUUCGCAUUGGAAACUGUCACGAGUGACGUCAAUCACAGAGCUCUGACCAAUUAGAGCGCUCGGUGAUUGUUUGGCUCCACGGGCUGCAGCGCCUACCAUGAAUCUCUAUUCAGUAUAUCAAAGCGUCCUGCUGCUGCCUCUCAACCGAAUGGGAUUCCACGUAGGCACUGAGAUAGCAACUAAACUUUAGGGGAAGUUUAAUUUUUUUUUUCUUCUGUAUUCUUCAAAGCGAUUAAAAUAUAUUUGUCAUCAUCAUUAUUAUUAUUUUGCCUGCUGUCAAGUUAUUCUAAAAUUAGGAGUAAUGAGCGUGGAUGCUUUGGGAAGCCCUGUGAUGGACCCCGCGUUUUCCAAACGGAACACGACGCUGAGAUUAGUUGACUUGGCAGGGGCUCACCACCAUCACCAUCAUCACCACCAUACCCCUCAGAGCGUGACAGGCUUCCCGGGGUUCAGCAGCCAUCCACACUCAAUGGCUCACUCGCACCCUGGGGAGAUGACUGCGGAACCCCGCCUGGGGCCGAGUCCAUUCGGGCCAGAACACAUGGGGCACUCCGCGGCCCUCAAAAUCAGCCCAACCCAUCAUUAUCCCCACCACCAUCACCACCACAAUCAUCAUAUUGCAGGCCACAGUGAAGUGGUCUCCAGUCAAACGGGAGCUUUUGGCCCGGUGCAGGCGGCAACGGUCCCGUACUCUAUGUCUCACACGGCCCAGGCGCUAUCCGCAGGUAGGGAUUUCCUCAUUCGCCGAGAUUUGACAGCUCAAGCCAUGCCCGUGUUGACCGAUCAGACUUCUGGUUCAGCCUCUCACCACGGAAUGUUUGUCUCAACAACAGGUAGCUAUCCGGGACACUAUGGUCAUCACCCCGACCCUGGGAACCAUACGCUCUUCUCUGGACUUCAUCACGAGCAGCCAUCUACCGGAGCACCAGGUGGCCAAGCCUUGAACGGACAAAUAAGGUUAGGAAUACCUGCCGAAAUGUACGUUCGGUCUGAUCAUUUGAGUCAAGUAGCGAGCUCCAGGGCAGACCCGUUUGCUGCUUCUCCUCUGCACGGAUACGGCGGGCUCAAUCUAAACAUGAAUCUCAGCGCACAUCACCACCACGGAGCUGGCGCUUUUUUCCGUUACAUGAGGCAGCCGAUCAAGCAAGAGCUCAUCUGCAAGUGGCUGGAGCCAGAGCACUCGGCGAAAAAACUUUGCUCCAAAACUUACAGCACCAUGCACGAACUAGUGACACAUGUGACUGUGGAGCACGUCGGAGGACCGGAGCAAGCGAACCAUAUCUGUUUUUGGGAAGAAUGUCCACGAGAGGGGAAGCCGUUCAAAGCAAAGUACAAACUUGUGAAUCACAUCAGAGUGCACACCGGAGAGAAACCGUUCCCUUGUCCGUUCCCCGGCUGUGGAAAAGUAUUUGCCAGAUCGGAAAACUUGAAAAUACACAAGAGGACGCACACAGGUGAAAAGCCCUUCAAAUGCGAGUUUGACGGCUGUGACAGACGGUUCGCCAACAGCAGUGACCGGAAAAAGCAUUCCCACGUACACACUAGCGAUAAGCCGUACAACUGCAAAGUCAGAGGUUGUGACAAAUCGUACACGCAUCCCAGCUCUUUGAGAAAACACAUGAAGGUGCACUGCAAGUCUCCACCUCCGAGUUCGGGUUACGAAUCAUCGACUCCAUCUCUUGUUUCUCCUUCAUCGGACUUGGGAAGGGAGCCAGCUCCCUCUGCGCUCUCCGAGCCUCUCUCAUCAUCGUCCCAGCCGGCCAAUUUAAGCGAAUGGUACGUGUGUCACAGCUCCGGUGCCAGUGGCCCUCAGACCCCACCCAGCGGCUCAUCCACACCGGGCCAUACAGAGGGGCCAACGUACGGCAAUCCUGAACGGAGGGACGCCUUCUAACAAACUGUUAGCCCUGUAAUAUUCUUUUGGCAAAGUGACUAAAAUGACUUUGACAUCUUAUCUUAUUUGGACAGUCCGUUUUGGACUGAAUGGUCGCAGGCUGACGCCUGUGGAAGUCAGUUCAAAGAGCAGGCUUGUUCACUGUUACUGCCUUACUGAAGGAUGCACUGGCCCUUUGACAGCUAAUGUCACUGCCUAACCACCAAUCGAUAUAAAACACGUCCCGAGUGUCUAUGUCACUAAAUAGUGUACCGACCGUACGCAUGUCACUGUAUUAUUUUGUAAAUUCAGCUUUGAUUUCGAUAUCUUUUUAAUUUAUUUUUUAAUCGGUAAAAAAAUUUCUUUUUGUAUUAUUGAACCAAAGUGCUUAAUUAUUAAACCUGUACAGCUGUAAAUGACGACGUUUUAAUGUCUAUGUGUGAACAGUAAUUUUGUAAGGUUUUGUCUUUCAGCAAUUUUUAAAUGUUUGCUACUCUACUUUGUACAAAA